AUGAGUGACCUUCCCAAGCAGCAGCACUGCGAACCCUCCCCCCGCCCCAAAAGAAAGAAGAAGCGUCGUGGUUUGGGCAUCCCUUGUUGCGUAGUUGCGAUGCGAAGAGUUGCUGAAAUUAUUCCAGAACAAGCACGGUACUUAUAUUUCUUUAUCUUUCGAUUCCGCCGAUACAGCGACAGCCAUAAUUUUGGCAUCGCAGCAGGAAAAAAAGCAAAAGGAAAAAGUUGCAAUUUUUUAUGUUUGGAAGCGACCUCAUCUACUUCAUUGGGGUUAGCAGGAGCAAUCCCGAAAGUCACUCGCUUUCCCGCGAUAAACGUGCGGCAACUCGAGGAGAGUCUCGGCAUCGCAUACGACACCAUUGCGAGCAACCCUGUUCUGCGGAAGGAGCUGCUGAUGCGCAACGAAGACCAAUUCGAUGGCGGAUCAGACGAGACCGCGUGUACUGCGCCUAUCUCUCGCCCCGGUUUUUUCGGCACUGCAAACCCAUUUCGAACUGCGCGCAUGCUUCGCGCGAGCGGGUACAACAUUGUAAAUUUUAUGAUUUGAUCAAGUUCAUCAAGAUGAAGAUGUAGUAGAAGUAGUGAUGGCCCCGUAUCAUGAUGUCGAGCGCGAGCAGAUGCAGAAAGUGGUGGGAUCGUUUCCAAACUGCAGCUUGCUAGUUAUUGCACAAAAACAAAUACCAAUAAGCAGACUACAUAUAGCGCUCAGCCUCAGGCUCACGUCGACGUCCAAAGAUCGCAGCCGCAGCUCCAUCGAGUGGAGAAAUAUUCUUAGAGGUAACUACGGCAGUAGUCACCUCGCCAAUGAAUGUUCUUCGUCCUACUUAUUUGACAAAUGUUCUUCAGGUAUUCUCGGAAAGCCACUGCAGGAAUUCUGUUUGGAAUUUACGGCAUCGUCUUGUUUCUGGAGAUGAUAAUGCUGCGGCUCGGGAUGAGCCUUUUUCAGGUUGAAAGCCUCGCAGAUUUGUUUCUCGGCUCGCCAGCUUCCUCCGCUGGUUCGACCAUGGAGGCAGGAGGACACGCAAGAACGAUGGACUCGGAGCUGUGAAGGCAUAAUCACAUCAACGGACACAGACGUCGGCACCGGGUACCGGGCAAGACACGACAACAUCAAUGCUUUUCCUCUUACUUAGAAAUCACGAAGAUGUUUCUUUGUCUGCGUUGAGGCCUAACCACUGAAACGAAAAUCCGAACCCGAAGGCGGGAGCGCAAAUUUUCCUGUAGCUCGGAAGCAACUUGAGACUGCGGAGCGCACCCUCGGGCUCAUGCUCGAGAACAAGUGAGCAGGAGCACCUUGAAAAGAAAAAGAUAAAUGUCCGCGCGCGCAGUACUAGCUAUUACUCCACCGCGCCUGGUACGUCGGUCUCGUAG